UGGGGGGCAACCCGCGAACAUCAUGUUCCCCCAUCCGGUGGAGCUCGAGCUCCAACCUCAUACCCCGGCUUCAGGAUCUUGGACCCUAACCCUAGCAUCUCCUCUAUCCCGCGUCGUUCAUCCUACGCCUCAGUAGUAUCUGGUAACGCAUUGUCGCCUCCAAUCUCCAGCUCCUUCUCGCAUCUCCUCAACGACACCCACUCAUUUCCCUACUCCUCGUCCGACAGCCGAGUCCACCGGGCUCCGCUCGGCGUGGAUGCCGCAGACAUGCACAUGAACUCCGCCUGGAGAAAAGCAGGAUCAACAGAUUCAGUUCCUCCCUGGUCUCGCAAGCAUGCCAGCUUCCUACGCUCGGAGGAAUUUCCGCACGGCCUAGGCCUCACCGAUACGCCCGCUCACUUUACCCCAUCCUACCUCCGCAACUCCCGCUAUAUUGCCCGCCUCGAAGCCGCCCGUAGAGACAAGAUCGCUAAUCAACAGCGUGAUGCCUCCGCUACAUCUAACCCUCCCCUCUCCGCUUCCUCCAGCAAUGUCCACCUCCCCCGCAUGGCGCCCUCGCACCGCGGCAUGACCUAUGAUAUAAUCGAGAAGGAACCGCCCGCCGCACCCGAUGUCCUCAUGCCGCUGCCCACGCAGUGGAACUCUUCCGAUAAGUUCUCCGGUUUGGAAUUAUCAAAUGACAAUUUCGACGUCCGCUACACGGGUCCGAUGCACAAGCAUGACCACGAAGCUGCUUCUUUGCGGGCGGAUUAUCCAAUGCCGCCACAGUGUGGGAUCUACUACUUUGAGAUCAAGGUAGAGUCAAAGCCGAAGGAGGGCAUGAUCGGUAUUGGCUUCUCCAGCCUCAAGGCGUCCGUCGAGAGGCUGCCUGGUUGGGAGACGGAGUCCUGGGCUUACCAUGGUGAUGACGGAAAGUCAUUCUUUGGUGAAAGUCAAGGACAAGGACGGGCGUAUGGACCGACUUUUGGCGUUGGUGACACAGUGGGAUGUGGCGUGAAUUUCUCGACGGGAUCUGCAUUCUUCACUAAGAACGGCGUUUUCCUUGGCAAUGCUUUCCACGAGCUGCGCAACGUCAAGCUCUUCCCGUCUGUGGGUAUGAAGAAAUUGCCGCCGGUACAUCUCAAGACGAACUUUGGACAGGAACCUUUCGUGUUUGACAUCGAUGGCAUGGUCAAGCAAGAGAGGCACAAAGUUCAAUUAGAGAUUAGCGCCACGCCUACGGCUGGCCUCCACCCUCCGUUGGACGAGUCGUCACUUAUGCAAGAACUGGUCGCACAGUUCUUGGCCCAUGACGGAUACGUUGAAACAGCCCGAGCAUUUGCAGGAGAAGUGGCCACUGAAACAAGGGCCCUCCAGAACGGCCGUAACCAGCCACUGAAGAAAUACGAAGCUGAGGAAGAUCAUGAAGCAAUCAACAGGAAUCAAAUCCGCUCUGCAAUCCUCGACGGCGACAUUGACAAAGCCCUCCAGCUCACCAAGAAAAACUACUCUAAUGUCCUAGCAGACUUCCCGCACAUUCACUUCAAACUGCGCUGCCGCAAGUUCCUCGAAAUGAUGGGGCGAUCCAACGAGCUCUCCGUUGCAACUGCCUCAGCCUCGAAGCGCCGCCUUUCGACCUCCAGCUCGCACGAACACGCCGUCUUUGAUCAUGAAAUGGAACUCGAUGACGGCGACGGCGAUAGUUGGAUUGCAGACGGCAUGGACACCGAGGAACCAGCAGUCGUCGCGCAGUUCAACCGGCUUCUCACAGAGGCCGUGGAGUACGGUCAGCAGUUGCGCGCGGAUUAUCCCUCUGAUGAGAAUGGCGGCGACCAGAAACUGCUGGACGAUAUCUUCUCCCUGGUUGCUUAUCCUGACCCGAAGCGGUCUGUGCAUGGCCAUUACCUCGACCCCGAGGGGCGCGCGGCUGUGGCCGAGGAGUUGAACUCGGCUAUUCUUGUCUCGUUAGGCAAAUCAUCAGCUGCGGCGCUAGAACGGCUUUACCAACAGACCGAAGUGUUGGUUAACGAGAUCAGUGAAGACGGCGGCGCUGGGGCGUUCAUUAAUGUUCGGGACGACAUCUUGCUUUGA